AUGAGUCUCCACUCUGCUCAGAAAGGGUAUCUCUGCAAUCCUGGGGAGGCCAACUGCACGUCAACAUUUAAAGAAGGCCUUGGUGCCAGAAGCUACAAGUUGCUUCACAUGCCUUUCCAUGAUCCCACCCGCAGCCACCAAACAGAGCUUCCUCGUCCUUUUCCUACUGUGGAUGUUCCUGACCACGCUCACUACAUCAUCGGCACUGUUAUUCUCCUGGUCGGCAUCACAGGUGUAAUAGGAAAUGCCCUGGUGAUCUACGUGUUCUGUCGAAGCCGGACCCUGCGAACUCCCGGGAAUAUGUUUGUGGUAAACCUGGCUGUGGCUGACUUCUGCAUGUCGCUGACUCAGUCACCUGUGUUCUUUGUGGCUAGCCUGCACCACCGUUGGGUGUUUGGGGAACGUGCCUGCGAGCUCUAUGCCUUCUGUGGUGGCCUUUUUGGCAUCUGCUCCAUGAUGACCCUGACUGCUAUUGCUGCAGACCGCUGCCUUGCCAUUACCCAACCGCUUGUCUUCAUGGGAAAGGUUAGUAGAAAGAGGGUUAGUAGUAUCCUGGUGCUUGUCUGGCUUUAUUCGCUCGGAUGGAGCUUGCCACCCUUCUUUGGAUGGAGCGCUUACGUCCCAGAAGGGCUGCAGACCUCUUGCUCUUGGGACUACAUGACCUUCACUCCUUCAGUUCGUGCCUACACUAUCCUCCUCUUCGUUUUUGUUUUUUUCAUCCCUCUAGGCAUCAUUGCUGCUUGCUACUUUGCUAUCUUCCGGGCCAUUCGAACAACAGGAAGGGAGGUUAGGGAGCUAGACUGUGGAGAAACACAUAAAGUUCUCGAACGCAUGCAGACAGAAUGGAAGAUGGCUAAAGUCGCUCUCCUGGUCAUCCUGCUCUUUGUGAUAUCUUGGUCACCCUAUUCAGUGGUUGCCCUCACUGCCACAGCAGGUUAUUCUCACUUCCUCACUCCCUACAUGAACUCAGUGCCUGCUGUCAUUGCAAAGGCUUCUGCCAUCCACAACCCUAUAAUCUACGCCAUCACACACCCAAAGUACCGUGUCGCUAUCGCCCGCUAUGUACCUGUGCUUCGUGUCGUCCUGCGUGUUGGUGAAAAAGACCUUCGCUCCUCCUUCAGCUACUCCUCCAACAGUGCUACUUCCAGCCGCCGACCCACGCUGACCAGUCAGUGCUCCCUGGGUGUCAGUUUUGGCAAUGGAGCCCGUGCCAAUGGUCGCUGGGGAAAAACCCGACUGUCCUCCGCUUCCGACACCGACUCUUGCUGGACGGAGAGUGAAGCAGAUGGUUCUAGUGUCAACUCCCUCCCUUUCACCAGACGUGUGUCCACUGAAAUCUCUGGGGAUACUGCCAUUCCCCCUGAGCAAUCAAGCACAAGCACAAUGGCAUUGCAGAAAGGAGUGUCAGACAAGGCCAACAGUGCUCCUAAUCCAUCCACUAUUAGUGAAACAGAUGUGUCAGAAGGACCCGCUACGUCUGAUGGUAAAACUUUCUUGCUCUCUCCUAACUGA